GACUUCAAUUUCCCACCCUCCUUUGAAUCUCACUCACUGCCGUUGUUUCAGAUUCUCUUUUCAUUUCCAAGAGGAUUCUUCGCUAAUGGGAGCAGCUCACAGUCAUGAAGAUCUGGAGAUCUGUUCCUCCGAUGAGGAUGAAUAUGAUGAAUACGAAGAAGGCAGAGAGGGCGAAGAAGAGGAAGACAAGUUCCAGGACUCCAGGGACGAUACCUUAGGCAUUUCUUCCUCCGGUGGUCGCCGCGGGCCUAAUUCUCCUUCAUCACUUGACGACGUUGAGGCAAAACUCAAAGCCCUGAAGCUGAAAUACCCACCGACGCAAGCCCCCUCCUCUACCCAGAACUCAGCUCGGCUUUUCCGGUACAUCAAUGGAAACACUCCUAAAGCCAAAUGGGUCACUGCUGAGAAGUUGACUGCUUAUUGUUUCGUCAAGACUGACAAAGGUGAUGAAGAUGAUGAGGAUGACGAUGUGAAUGAAGAUGUGGAAGACGAAUGGUGGGUUUUGAAAGUCGGAAGCAAGAUCCGAGAAAAGGUCUCCGAUGAAAUGCAAUUGAAGGCGUAUAAAGAUCAACGCCGUGUUGAUUUCGUUGCUAAAGCUGUUUGGGCUAUGAAAUUCGCCAGCAGCGAAGACUUUUCGUCUUUUGUUAGCAGCUACAACAAUUGCUUGUUUGAGAACAACCAUGGGGUUGAGUUGAAUGAGGCCAAUAAGGCGAAAAUCUAUGGGAAAGAUUUCAUUGGGUGGGCCAAUCCUGAAGCUGCUGAUGAUUCCAUGUGGGAAGACGCUGAUGAUAUUUUGCUUCAAAGCCCGGGAGGAUCUGCAACUCCGGCGAGAGAUACACAGGAUUUGACUGAGGCCUUUGAGGAAGCUACAAGUGAGGGCAUACAUAGCUUAGCUCUAGGUGCUCUAGAUAAUAGUUUUCUUGUUGGAGAUUCUGGUAUUCAGGUUUUCAAGAACAUGAGGCAGGGGAUUCAAGGCAAAGGUGUUUGUGUUAACUUUGAGCCUGGUUAUGGCCGGGCUCACUCCUCAGCACCCAAGAAGGCUCUUCUCAUGAGGGCUGAGACUAACAUGCUGCUCAUGAGUCCUAUGAGCCAAACGCCUCAUUCACGAGGAAUCCAUCAGCUCGACAUUGAAACCGGGAAGGUUAUUUCGGAGUGGAAGUUUGAGAAAGAUGGAGUGGAUAUCUCUAUGAGUGACAUUACUAAUGAUGGUAAAGGUGCUCAAUUGGACCCAUCUGCGUCAACUUUUCUCGGUCUGGAUAACAAUAGGCUUUGCAGGUGGGAUAUGCGUGACCGUUAUGGGAUGGUUCAGGAUCUUGCUACUGCUAAUACUCCAGUCUUGAAUUGGGCACAGGGGCAUCAGUUUUCUAGAGGGACUAACUUCCAGUGCUUUGCAACUACUGGUGACGGCUCAAUUGUUGUUGGCUCUCUUGAUGGCAAGAUUAGACUCUACUCUAGCAACACUAUGAGGCAGGCAAAGACGGCUUUCCCUGGACUUGGUGCUCCUGUAACUCAUGUGGAUGCUACAUUCGAUGGGAAAUGGAUAGUUGGUACAACUGAUACAUAUUUGAUUGUCAUCUGUACCCUUUUCACUGACAAAAGUGGCAAAACAAAGACAGGCUUUGAGGGUCGCAUGGGAAAUAAGAUUGCCGCACCAAGGUUGCUUAAGUUGAGACCUCUUGAUGCCCAUUUGGCUGGAUCUGACAACAAGUUCCGCAAUGCUCAGUUUUCUUGGGUCACGGAGGAUGGGAAACAGGAGCGUCAUGUGGUAGCAACUGUUGGAAAGUUCAGUGUGAUAUGGAACUUUCAGCAAGUGAAGAAUGGAUCUCAUGAAUGCUACAAUGAUCAAGAAGGGCUGAAGAAAUGCUACUGCUACAAGAUAGUCCUUCGAAAUGAAUCUAUUGUGGACAGUCGCUUCAUGAAUGACAACUUUGCAUCUGGUUCACCUGAAGCGCCUUUGGUCAUUGCAACUCCCAUGAAAGUCAGCUCUUUCAGCUUAUCCAGCAAGCGAUGAUACAAGCAAGUGAUGGACCACAAGUUACAUAGUCUGAAUUCUAGUCUGUUUGUAACCAUGUGAAAUUUCAAUGUUCUGGAAUUUAGUACGCUGUUAGAUUCAGAGAAUAGACAUGUGAUGAUGUUGCUAAAUUUCAUUGGUUUGUCUUUGACUUUUCAGAUCGUAUUGUAGACGUUUCGGUUUUCCGUUUUCACUUAAAUGAGGUGAUGUUUCGAAGAUGUA